UUAAUUCAGUUCCUAUAAAACUAGACCAUGGGACAAGGACUGCMUCUUAUCUUACUAGUCCUGUAUCCAAGUCUCAUUCAACUUGUCUCAACUGAGCCUGACUGUCACAAUGGCUACUUCGAGUCACAUCCGGGAUACAAGCUACAGGGUCAUGUGAUAAAAAGGAUAUCGACGGAGAGUAUCUGGUCGUGCGUCUUAGAAUGCAGACGAUCUUUUAURUGUUUUUCGUUGAAUGUUCACAAGGAUAAAGACUCAAGAAUCCAGUGUGAGUUGAACAAGUCAACCAAACAGGCAAAUCCGACGGACUACGUUCGCGUGUCAUGGUCUGGACAAGAAUAUUUGAAUCUAAUACUGGAAAAAAAGGAUCAGUGGAUGAGCCGAUCACUUGAUUGCUUCGCGAACAGAGAAGCAUUACCCAAUGACUGGUAUCGUUACCAUUCCUCUGUAUACAAAUAUUUCAACGAGAAAUUGACCAAUCAACUCGCUCGUCAGCGGUGCCAUAAUCUUGACGCGGAUCUUGUCUCGCUGGAGAAUGAAAUGGAAAAAGAAUUCGUGAAGAAUCUUGCUUACGUAAAAUCAACGACAAACGAUUCAA